AUGAGUAAGACGUACGUUCUGUUUGAACAUGCUGCGGGCUUCGCGCUCUUCCGGGUUUCGGAGUUUGAGGAGUUGGCAACAUUUCUACCUCAGGUGGAAGAGUCGGUGACAGACCUGCAGAAAUUUAAUUCGGUGGUGUCACUCAUUGCAUUCCAGCCUUUCAAAUCGGCUGUUCUGGCUUUAGAGAACAUUAACGCUGUAUCUGAAGGUAUAUUACCCGAAGACUUGAAUCUAUUCUUGGAAGGUGCAUUACCAAAGAAAAAGAAAAGGAGUAAGUGCACUCUUGGAGUCCUAGAUCCCAAGCUUGGGGCAGCCAUCAGCGAAGCAUUGGAAAUACCAUGUUCGCACAUUGGUGUUGUCCCCGAAAUUGUAAGAGGUAUAAAGUUUCACUUCCACUCUUUAAUCAAGGGUUUGACCAAAAAGGCUUGUUCAGUUGCUCAACUUGGUCUCGGACACUCAUAUUCAAGAGCCAGAGUCAAGUUCAAUGUCCACAGAGUAGAUAACAUGAUCAUUCAGUCUAUUGCUUUAUUGGAUCAGCUGGAUAAAGACGUCAAUACCUUUUCCAUGAGGAUUAGAGAAUGGUACUCCUACCACUUCCCAGAGCUUGUGGCAAUAGUUCCUGACAAUCAUCUUUACACCAAAUGUGCUGAAUUCAUCAAAGACAGGAAGUCUCUUACUGAAGAAUCAGUGGAGCCCCUAACAGAGAUUUUAGGUGACUCUGAAAAAGCACAGGCAAUUAUUGAUGCAUCUAAAAUGUCUAUGGGCAUGGAUAUAUCUCCUGUCGACUUGAUUAACAUACAAAUGUUUGCUGGAAGAGUUGUUUCGUUGAGCGAAUAUAGAAAACAAAUAUCCGAGUACCUCCACACAAAAAUGAAUUCAGUUGCUCCAAACUUGACGGUGCUUAUUGGGGAUCAAGUCGGAGCCAGGCUCAUAUCAAAAGCUGGGUCUCUCACCAACUUGGCUAAAUAUCCGGCUUCAACACUUCAGAUUUUGGGUGCUGAAAAAGCUCUGUUCCGAGCACUCAAGACUAGGUCGAACACUCCCAAAUAUGGUCUUCUCUACCAUUCAACAUUCAUUGGCCGAGCUGGUCUCAAGAACAAGGGCAGAAUCAGCAGAUACCUUGCCAACAAAUGUUCUAUUGCUUCAAGGAUAGAUUGCUUUUCUGAAAACCAAACUUCGGUGUUUGGUGAGAAACUUCGCCAGCAAGUGGAAGACAGGCUCAAGUUCUACGAGACGGGAGACAUCCCCAUGAAGAACAUUGAAGUUAUGAAACUGGCUAUGGAGGAAGUCGGAAACCAGACAAUGGAGGAGGAAACGCCUAAGAAGAAGAAAAAGAAGAAGAAGGAUAAAAAGCAAGAAGUUGAGGCUAUGGAAGAAUAG